UCAAUGAUGUGCGCUGUGCCGGUGUCAUACUCACAUUAUCGCAUGUUAGCAGGUUAGCACACGGACUGUAUGCAAUUGUACUCUAUCGAAGAGCACAUGAAGAUUUUUAUUGUAACAUUUAAAAUUAUUGCAUAAUAAUGGGUAACGCAAACGAAAAACCGAGCCACGUUAGUGCAGAAUCGAAGGAAGCAGGAAAAUCUGAUAAUAAACCUUUGAAACCCUGCUGUGCUUGCCCCGAGACGAAGAAGAUAAGAGACGAUUGUAUCAUUACCAAAGGCGAAGCAGAUUGCCAACAUUUAAUAGAAGCGCAUAAAGCUUGUAUGCGGACGUUAGGAUUUAACAUAUAAUACGUAUACCACGUUAACACAAAUUCUCAGGUUAUAGAAAUUUACUUUGUGCAUAAAUGAUUUAGCAUUGAUGAAAACGAUGCAAGCAUACUUAAUAUUUAAUUUAUUAUGAAAUAAAUUAUUCUUUUUGUAAUCA